GUGUGUGUGUGUGUUUGUGUAUGCAGAUCUCGCGAGAGUGUUGCGGUCGCUCAGCGCAGUCACUGGGUGCAGCAGGGCUGAGGGAGACGGAGAGAGAAGGUAAGCGGGGAGGCUGCAUCAUGGCGGAUAGAGACAGUGGAAGUGAGCACAGUGGAUUCGCCACAGGCCCCGGCGCCGGCCCUGGCCCUGCGCACCCUGGUGCGAUGGGCGCAGCAUCGCGGCUCCAGCACGACACGGAGGAGCUCGCGUCGAAGCGGGUUGACAUCCAGAAUAAACGCUUCUAUCUGGAUGUGAAGCAGAACCCCAAAGGCCGCUUUCUGAAGAUAGCAGAGGUCGGGGCCGGGGGAAACAAGAGCCGCCUGACUCUCUCCAUGUCGGUGGCCGUGGAGUUCCGCGACUACCUGGGAGACUUCAUCGAGCACUACGCCCAGCUGGGCCCCAGCAACCCUGAGGUGGUGCAGGACGAGCCCAGGAGGGCGCUUAAGAGCGAGUUCCUGGUGCGGGAGAAUCGGAAGUACUACAUGGAUCUGAAGGAGAACCAGAGGGGGAGGUUUCUGAGGAUCCGACAGACCGUGAAUCGGGGGCCCGGAUUGGGAACGUCGCAAGGCCAGACCAUCGCUCUUCCAGCUCAAGGACUCAUCGAGUUCCGCGACGCGUUGGCCAAACUCAUCGACGACUUCGGAGUGGAUGAAGACCCCGCGGAGCUGCCGGAGGGCACCUCAUUGACUGUGGACAACAAGCGCUUCUUCUUCGACGUGGGCUCCAACAAGUACGGAGUGUUCAUGCGGGUCAGCGAAGUGAAGCCCACCUACCGCAACUCCAUCACGGUGCCCAGCAAAGUGUGGUCGAAAUUCGGCGCGACGUUCUGCAAAUACGCCGACGAGAUGAAAAAGAUCCAGGAGAGGAGCAGGGAGAGAAGGGCGCGAGAGAUGCUACCAGAGGGCCUGCACGGAGAUGACGGAGACGAGGAUUAAUGGAUGUAUAUUGACAGACGUGCCCGUGGAGAUUAGGACAUUGACAUAGAAUGAAUGACGUGAUAAUCAAACCUUGCUGCAGUGCGAAAUGUGAGAUCAAAUUCCAAGGGAUCGCUCUACACACAACCCUCACAGACUUUAACAGUUGCAUCUCUUCACCCAUCGCCGGAUGUUACCCACUUACCAACCAUUUAACACAUGUACAGCUGAAAACAACUCGCUACACAACUCACUUUUGGCGCCUCUCUGUGGACAUUUCACUCGGAAAAUGGAGCUCAAACGUGCCCAAA